CAAUAUACUGAAGAAAUAAAAAUUGCGAAAGAUCCAAUAUUAGCUAAAAGAAGAAAAACAAAUAAUGGAAAAAGGGAUAGUCCUUAAAAACUAUCAAGAUGGACUGAAUAUAAUUGAUACACUUCAUUUAAAAGCAGAGAAAACUUAUUGCAAUGAGAAACGAUGUGUUGGAUCUAUUAUUAUACCUGAUAAGCAUACAUAUAAAGGUUUAGAGACAUUUAAACUUAAAGAGGAAGCUUUAAAAUUUUUUGAGGAGUAUUUUCAGUCACUGCAAAGCUUGAAUACAAUACAACAUACACAACGAAUCACUGAGGUAUUACAAGAAAUAGACACAUAUGACUCUUAUGAAUUAACAGAAAAAGAACUGAUAUUUGGAGCUCGUCUUGCUUGGAGAAAUGCAUCACGUUGUAUUGGAAGAAUUCACUGGAAAAAGUUGCAUGUGUUUGAUUGUCGCCAUGUAACUACUGCACAACAAAUGAUUGAGUGCUGUUUGCAACAUCUUCGAUUUGCAACAAACAAGGGAAAUAUUAGGUCUGCAAUUUCAGUUUUUCCUCAUAAAAAAAAGAACCAAGAAGGUUUUCGUAUCUGGAAUUCACAGUUAAUUAGGUAUGCUGGUUAUCGGCAGGAUGAUGGAAAAGUUAUUGGAGAUCCAUCUAGUAUUGAAAUUACUAAAAUUGCUCAGAGCUUGGGCUGGGUUGGUGAAGGAACAAUGUUUGACAUACUUCCUUUAAUUGUUCAAGCUAAUAGUACUGAAGUGCAUUGUUUUGAAAUCCCAAAAGAAUAUAUUCUUGAAGUUAAUAUUCAACAUCCAAUACAUACAAAAUUAGAUGAGUUGGGUUUACGAUGGUAUGCUGUUCCUGCAGUAAGUAACAUGGCUUUAAACUGUGGAGGUUUGACCUUUACUGCUGUUCCAUUUAAUGGAUGGUACAUGAGCACAGAAAUUGCUGUCAGAAAUUUUGGUGAUGAAAAUAGAUAUAAUUUAUUAAAGCCAACUGCUGAGUUGUUGGGCUAUAACACAUCUACACACAUGUCAUUAUGGAAAGAUCGUGCAGUCUUAGAACUCACAGCUGCUGUCUUAUACAGUUAUCAAGCAGCAGGUGUGACUUUAGUGGAUCAUCACAGUGUAGCUGAAUCUUUUAUAAAACAUCUUCAUCAAGAGAAUAAAUUGCGUGGUGGUUGCCCAUCUGAUUGGGUGUGGAUAGUUCCUCCGCUUUCUGGAUCUGUAUGUCCAGUGUUUCAUCAGGAAAUGCUUAAUUACAAACUUAAUCCAUCUUUUGAAUAUCAAGCUGAUCCUGAUGUAUGGAAUACUUCUCAUAGUAACAAGAAACACCUUUUUAAAAAAUCUGCCAUUUUUAUCAAGAUGGCUACUACAAUGAUGAGUAAUAUUGUCGCUAAACGUCACAAAGUUACUAUUUUAUAUGCAAGCCAAUCAGGAAGAGCAGAAUCAUUCGCGCAUACUUUACAUGAAAUAUUUCUUAAUGCUUUUAACUCAAGAGUAAUUUGCAUGGAUCAAUAUAAGUUAGAAGAUUUAGAAAAUGAAAAAUGCAUACUUUUUGUUGCAAGUACAACUGGAAAUGGUGAAGCCCCUGAAAAUGGCGAGGCUUUCGGAAGAAAGUUAUAUGAAAUGGCCUAUCCAAAUGAGGGUGCAAAUAGUUUGCGUGUGAUUCAUCACCGUCACACAUCGCAACUUGCUUCAUUUGAUGAAAGUUUUCCGAUUCUCUUUUCUGUAUUUGGUCUUGGUUCAAAGGCUUAUCCAAAUUUUUGUGCGUUUGCAAAUUCACUCAAUAAAUUACUAAAAGCGCUUGGCGGUGAAGAAAUUUAUCCAAUUGGAGAAGGAGACGAACUUUGUGGUCAAGAAGAAGCAUUUAAAACAUGGUCACAUGGUUGUUUCAAGGCUGCAUGUGAGCAGUUUUCUGUACAAAUAACAAAUCAACUUCAGAGUUCACUAUUUCGCAGUGAAGAUUAUUAUGUAGCAUUUCCUGAACUGUUUAUCAUGAAAUUAUUGCAAAAAGAACUUGAACAACUUCAUCAAAAGACCAUUGAAGCAUGCCAAAUAAUAUCUGUGACAAACUUACAAAAUAUUGAAUCAAAUCGUGUUACAAAUUUGGUAUGUAUUGAAAAGCGCUCAAACACCAGUUUGUCAUUCAGUCCAGGCGAUCACUUAGGAAUAUAUCCAUGUAAUGACAUAGAAAUGGUUGAAAGAUUGAUAAGGCGUGUGAGCAACAAUAAACUUACAUCAUCCACUGUAGUAGACAUAGUUUUAAGUGAAGAUCCCGAUGAUUUUUCAAAAAAUCAACUGCAAAAACGAUUACCUCUUCCAAACACUCUGGGUAGAAUAUUUGGGUGGUUUCUUGAUAUAACCACUCCACCCACCAUGAAGCUGUUAGGAAUAUUUGCAAGUAAAUGCAAAAAUGAAAAAGAGAAGGAGAUGUUAACUAAACUUUCAACAGUCAGUAGAGUUUAUGAAAAUUGGAAACACAAUUCAUAUUUGACCAUUGUAGAUGUUCUUGAGGAGUUUUCAUCAGUUGAAGUUGAUGUUAUAUUAUUAGCAAAUGAAUUACCAAUUCUUAAGCCGAGAUAUUAUUCAAUAUCUUCAUCACCAGAUCUUUAUCCCAAUGAAAUUCAUAUAACAGUUGCUUUGGUUACCUAUUCUCACAAUAAUAUUACUAAUAAUGGUGUAUGUUCCACAUGGUUGCAUUUAAAGAAACCGGGCCAAGAAAUAUUUUGUUUUGUUAGAAAAUGUCACACUUUUAAACUUCCAUCUUCUGUGUCUGCGCCUAUAAUAAUGGUGGGGCCUGGAACUGGUAUUGCACCAUUUCGAUCAUUCUGGCAGCAAAGGAUUUAUAAUAUAUUGCACCAGGGUGAAGCUGAAUUUGGAAAAAUGUUUUUAUUCUUUGGAUGUCGAAAUAAAUUUAAUGACAAUAUUUAUGGUAGUGAACUGGAGGAUGCAAAACGUCAGGGAGCUUUAACUGACGUAUUUGUUGGUUGUUCUAGACUACCUGGAGAACCAAAGACUUAUGUUCAAGACUUGAUAAAAGCUCAUUCAGAUUUAGUGCUAGAACAUUUUUUAAAUAAGCAAGGUCAUUUUUAUGUGUGUGGAGAUGUUACUAUGGCAUCAGAUGUUCAAAAAACCAUGACAGAUAUUAUAAUGGAAAACUUAAAGUGUAGUGAACAGUAUUGCAAAGAUUUUGUUCACGAUUUAAAGAAAAACGGACGUUAUCAUGAAGACAUUUUUGGUGUUACAUUAAAUAUAAGACACAUAACAUCAUCUAUUAGAUCGCUUUCUUAUCGGUGCGAAACAUAUGAAGACGAUGGAGUGUUUAUAUAAAUCUCAAGUUGAGUCAUCAAAGAGCAAAAAAAAACAAUAUCGUCUACUUUUUCGUGAAUUUAUAAUUUUUUUUUAUUAAUCCACAGUGUUAUUUCAUGAAAACAAAAUACCAGCCGUUGGCUAAUUAACUCAAAUUGUAAAUUUUUUUAUCUGGUAGACUAAUGAUGGUUAAGUAAUACAACCUAAUUUUUAAAUGCUUUUGUCUAGUAGACUAAUGACUAUUGGCUAAUUUGCAAAUAUUUUUUUCUAGUAGAUUAUUGGCGGUUUUUUAUAUGCAUAUUAUUUUUUGUUUGC